CUCUCGGUGGCGCAUUUGAUAAUCUAUUUCACAAUCAUUUGCCAACAGGGAGAAGAUCGGGUUCUGAAAAUUUUAAACUUUUUUUUUUUUUGGGCAUUAGCUGAGUUUGAUAAUACGCACAUAUAAAAGAGUGACUAUUUCCGAAAAAGAAAAAUAGUGAAAGCAAAGAAAAAAGUGGCCUUCUUCUACAUCAUAUAGCACUCAGAUUUUCGGUCCAUUUGCUCGCUCUCUCUGUCAAUCAGAAGGAUUUUUAAAAUUUCAUCGCUCGCUCUUUCUGUCGCUCCAAAGGUUUCUUGGUUGGGGGCUGAGGAAUUCUCGGAUAUUCUAUUGUGACUGUUAUCACGGUCCGUGGAACUACCAGAAUAGUAAUUUUGUAAAGCAGGCUGAUAGUACUGAUUUCUUCCUGUCAGCGUUGUUAUUGGCAUUUCAGAAGCUCCGACUUGAGUUGCUAUGGCAACAAAUGAAAAUCUUCCUCCGAACGUAAUAAAACAGUUGGCAAGAGAAUUGAAGAAUCUCGAUGAAACACCACCAGAGGGCAUUAAAGUAGCGGUGAAUGAUGAUAACUUUUCAGCCAUAUAUGCUGAUAUUGAAGGCCCAGCUGGGACUCCGUACGAAAAUGGUAUUUUCCGCAUGAAGUUGACACUGUCUCAUGAUUUCCCACAAUCCCCUCCAAAAGGUUAUUUUCUGACCAAGAUUUUUCAUCCAAAUAUUGCUACCAAUGGCGAGAUUUGUGUUAAUGCCUUGAAGAAAGAUUGGAAUCCAAGUCUUGGUUUAGGGCAUGUUUUAAUUGUGAUAAGAUGCUUAUUAAUUGAACCGUUUCCAGAAUCAGCUUUAAACGAGCAAGCUGGCAAGAUGCUGCUCGAAAAUUAUGAGGAAUAUGCGAGACAUGCAAAACUUUACACCGGAAUACAUGCUCUCAAGCCAAAGCCAAAGUUCAAAACUGGCUCUAUUUCUGGGUCUACCACUGACCUAAACAUUGAGCAGAAAUACACCGUGAUCAAGAGUGUAGAUCCCAAGAAUGCAGUGUCAGGUGCCGCAGCCCAACUACCAUCUCCAUUGGCCCCAAAAUCCGAAAAUGGUCAAGAUGUACCGGCAGCUUUAACUUCAUCAACCGAGACUGGAGUUUCAGUGGCACAAAAGAAGGAAGUUGCUCUGGCAAAAGUUCAGACAGACAAAAAGAAGAUGGAUGCAAGAAAGAAAAGCUUGAAGAGAUUAUAAAACUCUCGUGGAUCUUUUGGACAUUUCCAUUUAUUCAAAAUCGUGGAUGUUGAGCGUCUUGAGAAAGUUUGACUUAUUUCAUCAUGUUUGUGUGUUCCAUGUUCCGACUCUUAGACCUUCGAGCAUACUUUUCCUUCAUGAAA